GGCACCACGUGGAACAGCAAUAUAUAAAACAAUGCCAUUUACAUACAUGAAAAAUACACAUAUACUGAACAAUAUUGAUUUUGCAAAAAUACCUCCGUACAAAAAGAUACACAUUAAAUAAUGGUCAGGGAUUGGGAGGAGAUAGCUGAUGGGCAGGGUGGUUGCUAGAAACACAGCAUCUGUGUGGGAUUUCGGAAAAGGUGCUCCCUCUGGGUAGAAGCAGACCUUUUGGAAAGUGCAAGCCUUGAUGGGCAGAGCGAAUGAAUGAAGGAAUAAAUGAAUGAAUUAAUGAAACAUGAGAGGGGGCUUGCAUGGACCAGUGAUGAUCAUUUCCCAUGAGGACUGGUUGUGCUCCAAGGUCUGUUUAAGCACUAACAUUCAUUCUAAAUUUUGGAAUUUCGACUUCCAGAACUUGUUAGGGAAAAGACCCACCCAGUUAUUAACACCUCCAAGUGCAUCCCAGGGCAAAGGGAGACAAAUGACCUGUGAUCUGAAGACAGGACCAGAUCCCUGGCUGGCGGAGGAGGGGGGACACCUUUGCCAGCCCCUGUUUCUCUCCUUCCACUAAUCUUGUCCCUUGAUCUCUAGGUCACUGACAUUCCCUGAUGGUGGGCAGCGUGUGGGCAGCUCUGGGGCUUUCCCUAACCUGCAUCUCAGCCCUCAGCCUCAUCUCUCCUGCCUGGUUCCAGACCACCACCUUCUCCUUUGGUGUCCUCACCUACUGCUCCUGGCCUCAGGGUAACAGCUGGAACCAGAGCUGUGGGACCUUCAGGUCCCUGGAUGAUAUUCCUGACUUUGCCUGGAAGGUCUCAGCUGUGACGCUCCUUGGAGGCUGGCUCCUAUUGGCCUUCAAUGCAAUUCUCUUCCUGUCCUGGGCCUUAGCCCCCAAAGGGCUGUGCCCAAGGAGGGGCAGUGGCCCAAUGCCAGGGCUGCAGGCAACAGCAGCCAUCGCCACCAUUGUGGGCCUGCUGGUUUUCCCGAUCAGCUUGGCCUCCCCAUUUGCCAAGGAAGCCUGCUUAGCCUCCUCUGUGUACCACAGUGGUCAGUGCCGGCUGGGCUGGGGCUAUGUGACUGCCAUCUUCUAUGCAGUCCUGGCCAGCCUCCUGCCCACGUUCAGGUGGCUCCACGUGACCGAGGUCCAGCGGAGGACCAUCCUCUUCUCCAGUGACACUGAGAGCAUCAUCCUCGUGCCAGAAAUGAGCAAAUAA